AUGGAUAAAAUAUCAUCUAAAUUAUUACAAACCCAUUUCAACCACUUGGAAAGUUAUUCGUUGAGAGUAUCUUUUGAUAAUUUAUGCAAAUUAAAUGAAUCCACCAAUAUUCUUUAUAUCGAUGAAAAAUCUUUUAUGGAUUAUUUAAAUAUUCCUGACGAGACUGGUGCAGGACCGUUAAUUUAUCGAUCAUUUAUCAAUCUAGGCAAUUACCAAUCAUCAUCAAUUGAACAUAAUCUAACCUAUAAUAGUUUAGUAAAAGCUGUCGCGAUUUAUUGUAAUAAGUUUGAAGAUGUAAUUAAUGAGGAUCAAUUAAAACUUAUUUUUGAUUCUUUUUCAAUUCCUCUUGAUCAUAAAAACAACAGCAACGAAGAUGGUGGUAAUAAUAGAUUGGGUGCUCCCUCAGAAAUACAACCACAAACUUCCUCUGCUUCUACUUCUACUAAAGAUGAUGAUGAUUUCCUUAAAUUACUUGGUAUUGAUCAAAGUGAAGAAGUCAAUUCUUCUAAAGUUCAAUCACAAGAUUUGGUAAAGGUAUUGAUAGCUUUAGUUUGGAUUAUGUUAUCCGAAAUGUCUUUAACAACAACAGAAGCAUUAACAUCAGCGUCAGAAGCAUCAACAAUUUCUAACAAAUUAACAUCUUUGCAAGAUAUAAAUCAAAUUCGUGAUGCUAUCAUACCAAUUGUUGAUCAUAUAUCAAUAUAUAAUAAUAAAUCCUCCGGGUCAAAUCAAGAGUCAAAAAACUUGUUUUCUGAUGUUACUUGGUUAGCGUUUAAAAAAUUUACUGAAAGAAAUGCACCAAAUAUAUUUCAGGGAUUUACUGGAUUUUUCUAUAAUCAGUUUUUGAUAGGUCAAACACUUUCACGUCCAGAAACAGUUUAUUGGCCAACUUUGGAUCAUCAAUGUGAAACCUUGGACCCAAUAAAUAUUGCAAUAUUAUCAUGGAUGUUACCAGAUAAAGUGAUGAAGAAACGUAUUUGGAAUCGUUUAUUUAAAGGAAGUUUACAUGGUUUCAGUAUGAAUCGUUUCUCCAGUCAUGUAUUUAAAUAUCCUGGCCCAACAUUAAUGUUAAUAAAAGCAAUCAUAACAAAUCAACAAACUUCAUUCUCUACCACACCUACAACAAAAACGUCUCCAACCAAAAUAGAAAAUAACAAUAAUAGUUCAGAAUCAGAAUCACAACAAAAUACUUUGUUAUUAGGUGCCUAUGUAGCAGAGUCAUGGCAUUCAACCAAUUUACCUAAAUCAUGUUUCGGAUCAGAUGAAUUUUUUUUGUUUGAAAUUUGGCCAACUUUAGAACUUUUCCCAGCCACCAAAAAAAAUACAAGAUAUGCAUAUUAUAAUCCUUCAUUUGGCAUAGGUUUUGGUGGUUUGGCCACUGCCAGUCAAACUUCCAGUAAGAUAGAAUCACAAGAUGCAAACUCAUUUGUGCUUCAGCUUGAUAACAGUCUUCAAUUUGGUAGAUAUCGCAAUGAUAUGUUGAGAGAAUUAUCACCCACCUACUCUUUAUCCAAUACAAGGGGCUAUUUUGAUAUAUCUUUUGAGGUUUUGGAAAUUGAAGUCAUUGGAUUAGGUGGCAAUGAUGCUCUUAAUAAACAAGAGAAAGAAUGGAAAUGGGAAGAUAAUGAGGCGAAUAAACGGCAAGGACUUCGAAGGAAUAGUUCGAAAAAUACUGAUAUUGAAAUAUUAAAGGUAAAAUAA